AUUAUCAUUUUACUGGUGCCCUGGUUUUGGGUCUAGGCUGUGAGGCAUCUGUUGCUUUUGCCUGAAGAGAACAUGGCGCUUUGUAGUUUGAGAGGUUAAUAUUUUUUUUGUCACUUGGCAGGUUAUGCAGCAAUGUGUUAACUGAUUGAUACAUACUGUAUUACCACACACCGACCGAUCCAGAGAAAUUAUUCACAUAUUCACCAGUUUUGGGAACCCAGAUAACAACCAGCUACAGAAUGAGCGAUCCAUCAGUAAAGAGGAUAGUGAGUGACAUCAUCCGGUCCCCAGAAGACAAGCGUUUGUAUCGCGGACUGGAGUUUGCUAAUGGCAUCCACGCUAUUCUCAUCAGUGACCCUACCACAGACAAGUCUUCAGCUGCGCUUGAUGUGCAUAUAGGUUCAUUAUCUGACCCUCACAACAUUUCUGGUAUAGCCCAUUUCUGUGAGCACAUGCUGUUCUUGGGAACAGAGAAGUACCCCAAGGAGAAUGAGUACAGCCAGUUCCUCAGUGAGCAUGCUGGGAGCUCCAAUGCUUUCACCAGCGGGGAGCACACAAACUACUACUUUGAUGUGUCUCAUGAACACUUGGCGGGUGCACUGGACAGGUUCGCUCAGUUUUUUUUGUGCCCCCUCUUUGACGAGAGCUGCAAAGACAGAGAAGUGAAUGCAGUAGACUCGGAGCACGAGAAGAACCUGAUGAACGAUGCCUGGAGACUGUUUCAGCUGGAGAAGGCUACGGGCAACCCCAAUCAUCCCUUCAGCAAAUUUGGAACAGGAAAUAAGCUGACCUUGGAAACUCGGCCAUCGAAAGAGGGUAUAGAUAUCCGUCAGGAGCUUCUGAAGUUCCACUCAAACUCCUAUUCCUCAAAUCUCAUGGCUUUGUGUGUGCUUGGGAGAGAGUCCCUGGAUGACUUGACCAGCAUGGUUGUGAAGCUGUUUUCGGAGGUAGAGAACAAAAAUGUCCCGGUUCCUGAGUUUCCAGAGCACCCGUUCCAAGAGGAGCACCUUAGACAAUUUUAUAAGGUGGUGCCUAUUAAGGAUAUCCGAAACCUGUAUGUCACAUUCCCCAUUCCGGACCUUCAGAAGCAUUACAAAUCAAACCCGGGUCACUAUCUGGGUCAUCUCAUUGGACAUGAAGGACCUGGGAGCCUGCUGUCAGAGCUCAAAUCCAAAGGCUGGGUAAAUACCCUUGUUGGGGGUCAGAAAGAAGGGGCAAAAGGAUUCAUGUUUUUCAUCAUCAAUGUAGACCUGACUGAAGAAGGACUUUUACAUGUUGAAGAUAUCAUUUUUCACAUGUUUCAGUACAUCCAGAAGUUGCGCACUGAAGGACCUCAAGAGUGGGUUUUCCAGGAGUGCAAGGAUUUGAAUACUGUGGCAUUUAGGUUUAAAGAUAAAGAACGCCCUCGUGGGUACACUUCAAAAGUAGCUGGGAUGUUGCACUAUUACCCUCUUGAGGAGGUGCUUGCUGCAGAGUACCUGCUGGAAGACUUCAGGCCUGACCUCAUUGAAAUGGUGCUGGAUAAACUGAGACCAGAGAACAUGAGGGUGGCAGUAGUUUCUAAAUCAUUUGAAGGACAAACUGAUAAGACAGAAGAAUGGUAUGGGACACAGUACAAGCAGGAAGCUCUUCCAGAAGAGACCAUCAAGAAGUGGCAAAAUGCUGACCUAAAUGGAAAGUUUAAGCUCCCCAUGAAGAAUGAAUUUAUCCCUACGAACUUUGAAAUUUAUCCCCUGGAAAAGGAUGCUCCUUCAUUCCCUUCUCUUAUAAAGGACACUGCAAUGAGCAAAGUGUGGUUUAAACAGGAUGACAAAUUCUUCCUGCCAAAAGCUUGCCUCAACUUUGAAUUUUUCAGCCCAUUUGCUUAUGUGGAUCCAUUGCAUUGUAACAUGGCCUAUUUGUACCUUGAGCUCCUCAAAGAUUCUCUCAACGAGUAUGCAUAUGCAGCAGAGUUAGCUGGCUUGAGCUAUGACCUUCAAAAUACCAUCUAUGGGAUGUAUCUCUCUGUAAAGGGCUAUAAUGACAAGCAGCACAUUCUGCUGAAGAAGAUUGUUGAGAAAAUGGCCACCUUCGAGAUUGACGAGAGGAGAUUUGACAUCAUUAAGGAAGCGUACAUGAGAUCAUUAAACAACUUCCGGGCUGAGCAACCACACCAGCACGCCAUGUAUUACUUGAGACUGUUAAUGACAGAGGUUGCCUGGACCAAAGAUGAACUCAAGGAGGCUCUGGAUGAUGUCACUCUUCCUCGCCUCAAGGCCUUCAUACCUCAGCUGUUGUCACGGUUACACAUUGAAGCACUUCUCCAUGGAAAUAUAACGAAACAGGCAGCUCUAGGUAUGAUGCAGAUGGUUGAAGACAAGCUUAUUGAGCAUGCCCACGUCAAGCCACUGCUCCCAAGCCAGCUGAUUCGGUACAGAGAGGUUCAAGUUCCUGACGGGGGCUGGUUUGUUUACCAGCAGAGAAACGAGGUUCACAAUAACUGCGGGAUUGAGAUUUAUUACCAGACUGACAUGCAGAACACCCAUGAGAACAUGCUGCUGGAGCUCUUCUGUCAGAUCAUCUCGGAGCCCUGCUUCAACACCCUGCGCACCAAGGAGCAGCUGGGGUACAUUGUGUUCAGCGGACCUCGGAGAGCGAAUGGUGUCCAGGGCCUGCGCUUUAUUAUCCAGUCAGAGAAGGCGCCUCACUACCUGGAGAGCAGAGUGGAGGCUUUUCUGAAGACUAUGGAGAAGAGCAUUGAGGAGAUGCAGGACGAGGCUUUCCAGAAACACAUCCAGGCUCUGGCGAUCCGCCGGCUGGACAAGCCCAAGAAGCUGGGAGCGGAGUGUGCCAAGUACUGGGGGGAGAUCAUCUCACAGCAGUACAACUUCGACAGAGAUAAUACUGAAGUUGCAUAUCUAAAAACACUGACCAAAGAAAACAUAAUGCAGUUCUACAGGGACCUGCUUGCUGUGGACGCUCCCAAAAGACACAAGGUGUCAGUACACGUCCUGUCCAGGGAAAUGGAUUCAUGCCCUGUGGUUGGUGAAUUCCCAAGUCAAAAUGAUGUCAAUCUAGCAACAGCACCAUCCCUGCCUCAGCCUAUUGUGGUUCAAAACAUGACAGAGUUCAAGAGGAGCCUACCGCUCUUCCCACUGGCCAAACCCCACAUCAACUUCAUGGCUGCAAAACUGUGAGGGAAAGCAGGGGACGAGCACACCUGGAUGGAGAGAGGAGGAGGAGGGGGGAUCCAGCUUCAAGCAAUGGACUGUCUGGGGG